AAAAAAAUCCUACCUUGCUAACGCUCUCUCUGUAUCUCUCUCUCUCUCUCUCUCUCUCUCUCUCUCUGAACUCGAAGAUUUCAAUUUCAAUGGCUUCCUGCUGUAACGUUUCGUUUGUCAACCCCAAAACCCUAAUUGUCUCAACUUCUCACCUAUUCCAAAACCCUAGAGCCUCAAUUCCAAAACCCUCCUUAAACCCUAGUUGUUUUGGACUCGUCUCGUCAUUCCGGUUCAACUCACUGACCCACCUCCCAACUCGUCCUCACCAUGCCUCCUCAAUCUCAUCCCCAAUUCGGUCAGCCCUUGACUCGAACUACUCGUCGAAGAGGAGUAGCAGUAACGAACCCAGGGAGACGAUAAUGUUACCGGGCUGUGACUUUAACCAUUGGCUCAUCGUCAUGGAGUUCCCCAAAGACCCCGCACCUACCAGAGAGCAGAUGAUUGAUACCUACCUCAACACUCUCGCUACUGUCCUGGGAAGCAUGGAAGAAGCAAAGAAAAAUAUGUAUGCUUUUAGCACCACUACUUACACUGGAUUCCAGUGCACUGUAUCUGAGGAAACAUCGGAGAAAUUCAAAGGACUGCCGGGAGUUCUUUGGGUGUUGCCUGAUUCAUACAUAGAUGUUAAAAAUAAGGAUUACGGAGGUGAUAAAUAUAUAAAUGGGGAGAUAAUUCCAAGCACAUACCCUACUUACCAACCCAAGCAACGUGGACCAUCUAAAUAUGAGAGCAGAAGAUAUGAAAGACGAAGAAAUGGCCCUCCUCCUGAACGGAGAAGGCCGAAGCCAGAAGCAACUCAGUCUGAAUCAGCCUCCAGAUGAGGUACUCGUUCUGUAUUUACAUGUCUAUGCAUACCUUGGAGAUAUAUCUUAUGGCUUUGAUUGUGACUAUUUUUGUAUCAUCUUUGCUUGACAGUUUUAAAUGUUUGACUGCUAACUUGCUAAGUGGUUGGUGCUCUAUUAACCUGGACAUAUAGCCAUUACUUAUGUAAUAGAAAAUCUAUGGUACUAGCACAUGUUUCCAAAAUUUGUGAAAAGUUUGAGGUUUUUUUUCAUUUGGAUGGAAAAAAGAGCUUGUUAGCCUUAUUAUAGGUGAAACUAGACAUUGACUGGGUGGAAUGUAUUUAAUCUCUCUUGCUCUCUGAUAUUUGGUAA